AAAACUGCUUUUUCAGAGAGGUCAUUUACCUUUAUGCUACAACACUAUCAGGCAAGGCUCACUGGGUUCCAGAGAAAGGAGUUCUGCUAUCAAGGUUGCAAGAAAAAUCAUGACAACUAAUGCGAGGUCUAGUCCCUACUAUGUCAACUAUGGUUUUCAGCAAGGAGAAAACCAGCCUCCCUCCUAUACUCCAUCUCCAGGAGUGUUUCAGCACCCGCCCUCCAGUGUACCCCAAUAUAGCCCACAACCAAUCAAUACUCAUUUCACCUCCAUUGCUGGGCCCCUGCCCCCUGCCCACAAUCACAAAGGGGCAAAAAAAAGUUACUGCAAGUGCAUCACAGCCUCUAUCAUCCUUGUGUUAUUUUUGCUCGGUGCCAUAGCGGUUCUGCUUUGGUAUUUCUUGUCCUACCAGUGUGCUUUUGGGGUGACCUGUGGCAACAACACCAAGUGCAUCAGCUCCUCUCAAUGGUGCAAUGGAGUGAAGGACUGUCCAGAGGGGCAGGAUGAAGCUCAGUGCUCUCGACUCUAUGGUGCAGAUUUUGUACUUCAGGUGUAUUCGCCUGAAAGCCAGUCUUGGAAGCCUGUGUGUGCUGACAGAUGGGAUAAUAACUAUGGGAGGGAAAUGUGUGCACAGAUCGGAUACAGUAGAAAAACCUAUGUUAGAUCGGGACAAAUACAGUCAGGUUCAAGAAGCUCUGAUGGAUACAUGAAACUAACACCUACAUCAAGCCCUGCAACCUUGCAUAAGAAUUUCAUCAGCAGUAACUCCUGCUCAGCUAAUGCGGUGGUCACACUACGAUGCAUUGACUGUGGCUCCAGAACACUCCGCACGGGCUCGCGAAUAGUGGGCGGCCAGGUGGCCAGCAGGGGGGCUUGGCCCUGGCAGGUCAGCCUACAGUUUCGAUACCAGCACCUGUGCGGUGGGUCCAUCAUCACCCCCUAUUGGAUUUUGACAGCCGCUCAUUGUGUAGCAGCGAACCCCAACCCAAGAGACUGGACUGUGUUUGCAGGCUAUCUCAGCCAGAUUGACAUGGAUUAUAACCCAGGCAACUCAGUUGAACUUAUCAUCUCCCACAAAAACUAUGACAGCCAGACCAAUGACUAUGAUAUUGCUCUCAUGAAACUGAUGAAGCCCCUUACAAUGUCAGAUGUGGUGAAGCCAGUGUGCUUGCCUAAUGCUGGUCUCAACUUUAAUGCGCCUCUACAAUGCUGGAUUUCAGGAUGGGGAGCUACUGUGAGUGAUGGACAUGGGUCAGUAGUUCUGAGGGAGGCUCAGGUCUCAGUGAUAGAUCGAGCUACAUGCAACAGCCGUGCAGUAUAUAAUGGAGAAAUCACUGAUACCAUGAUCUGUGCUGGCAAACUACAAGGUGGAGUGGACUCUUGUCAGGGUGACAGCGGGGGACCUCUGGUGACAGAGAAUAACUCUGUAUGGUGGCUGGUUGGGGACACAAGCUGGGGUUACGGUUGUGCCCUUAAGAACAAGCCAGGUGUAUAUGGGAAUGUGACCUUCUUCCUGAGCUGGAUCUAUGAACAAAUGCAGAAAUAUCCCUGAGGAAAAAAUGGGAUGGGAUUGCCAUAAACUGCUGAUGAAGAAACCAAUACAUGUUGGUCUGCCUAUUUUUAAAUUCAUUUGUA